CUCAACGGAGUUUCCAUGGAGACCGAGGCUGCGCCCGGGUGGCCUCGCGGCGUUGCCAUGGAGACAAGUCCCGGGCUCGGGCUCGGAAGCCUUAGCUCUCCGCAGGCUCAGAACCCCGCGGAGCCGCUGUGCGAGGCCGGAGCCGCGGUGACGGCGGCUCGCUGGGACCUGCGGAAACAUUCUUUGCUCAUCGUGAUCGGUGAUAUCGGUACAGAAAGUCAACUGAGGGCCGUGCGGGCCCACCUUGAACAAGGAAUUCUCUCCUGGAAUAUUGACUUAUCAUCUUUUGACUUGAACCAAGAAUUGAGACUCUUCAUUACCAGGCACCUAGCUCACUUCUCCACAGAGGUUAAAGGCCAGAGGACCCUUUCCCACCAGAGUGAGACCCUAGAGACCAUCGUCUUAGUAAACCCCAGUGCGGACAGUAUCAGCUCCGAGGUUCACCAUCUUCUCAGCAGUCCAGCAGCUCACAAACUACUGAUUCUAAGUGGGCAAAGUUUAGAACCCGGCGGAGAUCUCAUCUUACAAAGCGGCACUUACUCCUUCCAAAACUUUGCUCAGGUCCUUCACAACCCCGAGCUUGCCCAAUUGCUCAGCAAUAGAGACCCUGGGACCCAGGCCUUCCUCACCGUGUCCUGCUUAGGGGAGGGUGACUGGAGCCACCUGGGACUGUCCAGUUCCCAAGAGACCCUGCACCUGCGGCUAAACCCUGAGCCCACACUGCCCACCAUGGAUGGCGUGGCUGAGUUCUCUGAGUAUGUCUCUGAGACUGUGGAUGUGCCAUCCCCCUUUGACCUGCUAGAGCCCCCCACUUCAGGGGGCUUCCUCAAGCUCUCCAAGCCUUGCUGCUACAUCUUCCCUGGAGGCCGUGGGGACUCCGCCCUUUUUGCUGUCAAUGGUUUCAACAUCCUGGUGGAUGGCGGCUCAGACCGCAAGUCCUGCUUCUGGAAGCUGGUGCGGCACCUGGACCGUAUCGACUCAGUGCUGCUCACACACAUCGGGGCCGACAACCUGCCAGGUAUCAAUGGACUCUUGCAGCGCAAAGUGGCCGAGCUAGAGGAGGAGCAGUCCCAGGGCUCUAGCAGCUACAGCGACUGGGUGAAGAACCUUAUCUCCCCCGAGCUUGGAGUUGUCUUCUUCAACGUGCCCGAUAAGCUUCGACUGCCUGAUGCCUCCCGGAAGGCCAAGCGCAGCAUUGAGGAGGCCUGCCUCACUCUGCAGCACCUCAACCGCCUGGGCAUACAGGCCGAGCCUCUGUACCGCGUCGUCAGCAACACCAUCGAGCCCCUGACCCUAUUCCACAAGAUGGGUGUGGGCCGACUGGACAUGUAUGUCCUUAACCCUGUCAAGGACAGCAAGGAGAUGCAGUUCCUGAUGCAAAAGUGGGCAGGCAAUAGUAAAGCUAAGACAGGUAUUGUGCUGGCUAAUGGGAAGGAGGCCGAGAUCUCCGUGCCGUACCUGACAUCGAUCACUGCUCUGAUCGUUUGGCUACCAGCCAACCCCACGGAGAAGAUUGUGCGUGUGCUUUUCCCAGGGAAUGCUCCCCAGAACAAGAUCUUGGAGGGCCUGGAAAAACUCCGGCACCUGGACUUCCUGCGCUACCCUGUGGUCACCCAGAAGGACCUGGCGGCUGGGGCUGUACCUGCCAACCUCAAACCCAGCAAAAUCAAACAGCGGGCAGACAGCAAGGAGAGCCUCAAGGCCACUACCAAGACAGCUGUGAGCAAGCUGGCCAAACGAGAUGAAGUAGCUGAAGAAGGAGUCAAGGAGGCCCGCUCAGAGCUGGCCAAGGAAUUAGCCAAGACAGAGAAGAAGGCAAAAGAGUCAUCUGAGAAGCCUCCAGAGAAGUCUACCAAGUCUGACAGGGUCAGAAUGGAGUCAAGUGAGGCGCUGAAGGCGGAGAAGCGAAAACUGAUCAAAGACAAGGUGGGGAAGAAGCACCUGAAAGAAAAGAUAUCCAAACUAGAAGAGAAAAAGGACAAAGAGAAAAAAGAGAUCAAGAAGGAGAGGAAGGAGCUUAAGAGGGAUGAAGGGAGGAAGGAGGAGAAGAAGGAUACCAAGAAGGAGGAGAAGAGGAAAGACACCAAAGCUGAGGUCAAGAAGAUUUCCAAGCCAGACCUAAAGCCUUUUACCCCCGAAGUGCGUAAGACCCUCUAUAAAGCCAAGACCCCCGGGAGAGUCAAGGUGGACAAGAAUCGGGCUGUCCGUGGGGAGAAGGAACCAUCCUCUGAGCCCCGAACACCCCCAGCCCAGAAGGGGACUGUACCACUUCCGGUGGUCAGUGGGCACCGGGAACUGGUUCUUUCUUCACCUGAGGAUCUCACGCAGGACUUUGAGGAGAUGAAGCGUGAGGAAAGGGCACUGUUGGCUGAACAGAGGGAUGCGGGACUAGGAGAAAAACCAGAUACUAAAGAGGAGAUCCCCCCCUGCACAGGCAUCAGAGGGACACCUCCCUCUGUCCCAGGGCUGAAACAAGAAGAACCUGUGAUAAAGGAGAAGGUUGUUCCUGAUGUCCCUGAGGAACAAGGUGGCAGAGAGAAAGGCCAAGAUUCUGGAGUUGAAACAGAGGGAAAGAAAGACAGCUGGGAAGAGAAGCAGAAGGAAGCACACAGGCUACCUGAGAAAGCAGAGGCCCAAGAGGAAAGUGAACCUGAGGUAAAGGAGGAUGUGAUAGAGAAGGCUGAGGUAGAGGAGAUGGAAGAGUUGCACCCUUCAGAUGAGGAGGAAGAGGAAGAGACCAAGGCUGAAAAUUUUUACCAAAAGCAUAUGCAGGAAGCCUUGAAGGUAAUGCCAAGAGGCAGGGAGGGUCUUGGUGGUCGGGAACUGGGACUCCAUGGCAAGGCCCCUGAGAGAGAGGCUUCAUCUUUCCUAAGCAGCCUGGCCACACCUGCAGGGGCCACAGAGCACGUCUCUUACAUCCAGGAUGAGACAAUUCCUGGCUACUCAGAGACUGAGCAGACCAUAUCAGAUGAGGAGAUCCAUGAUGAGCCAGAGGAACGCCCAGCUCCACCUCGAUUUCCUGCCAGCACAUAUGACCUCCCUGGGCCUGAAGGUCCUGGCACCUUUGAGGCCACCCAGCCUGCAGAUAGCACAAUUCCUGCCACCUCCAGCAAGAGUUAUGGUGCUGCCGAGACUGAACUUACCUACUCCCCUAACAUAGUGGCUGCCCCUUUGGCAGAAGAGGAGCACGUGUCCUCAGCCACUUCUAUCACUGAAUGCGACAAACUUUCUUCCUUCGCAACAUCUGUGGCUGAGGACCAGUCUGUGGCUUCACUCACUGCUCCCCAGACAGAGGAGACAGGCAAGAGUUCCCUGCUGCUUGACACCGUCACAAGCAUCCCCUCAUCCCGCACUGAAGCCACUCAGGGCCUGGACUACGUGCCCUCAGCUGGUACCAUCUCACCCACCUCCUCAUUGGAAGAAGACAAAGGCUUCAAAUCACCACCCUGCGAGGAUUUCUCUGUGACUGGAGAGUCAGAGAAGAGGGGAGAGACUAUGGGGAGAGGGGUACCUGGAGGGAGAGCUGUGGUAAAGGAAGAGGAAGAAACUGCAAAAGCAGUAAUGUCUGAGAAGCUGCACAGUCAGGAUGGGGCCCCGAUGUUUGGUGUCCCUGGGCACACCCUACAUCAUGGGGAAGGAGUCCUCGGAGAAGUGGAGGAGCGCUGCUUCAGCCCAGAUGACAGCACAGUGAAAAUGGCUUCUCCGCCACCGUCUGGCCCACCCAGUGCUACCCACACACCCUUUCAUCAAUCUCCAGUUGAAGAAAAAUCUGAGCCCCAGGACUUUGAGGAAGCAGGCCCCUGGGGAGACACUAAACGCACACCAGGUGUAGGCAAGGAAGAUGCCACAGAGGAAAAACCUAAAGAGGAACAGGUGCUUCCUCCCAGGAGCCCCCAGGCUCAGGAAGCCCCCGUGAGCAUUGCUGAGAGCUAUCCAGGAUGCACCAUCCAGCUCUUGCCAGAACAGGACAAAGCAAUUGUCUUUGAAACUCUGGAAGUAGGAGAGCCCUCGGUCCCAUCUCGAGGAGCAGAAGCCCUUCCCAGAGAUUUGAGAACAUCACUCCAAGAACCUGGAGAGCCUCAGAAAGACGACAUGCUCCAAUUUCCUGACCAAAGCCUCUCCCCUGAAGAUGCAGAGUCUCUCUCUGUCCUCAGUGUGAUCUCACCAGACACUGCCCACCAGGAGUCCAGCCUCCAGUCUCCCUGCGGCCUGCCAGGGCAGCACCUACACAAAGGACUUUGGCCACAGGUCUCCCCAGAAGAUACCCAAUCCCUCUCUCUCUCAGAAGAAAGUCCCAGCAAGGAGACUUCUCUGGAUAUCUCUUCUAAACAGCUCUCUCCGGAAAGCCUUGGCACCCUCCAAUUUGGGGAACUGAGCCUGGGAAAGGAAGAAAAGGGGCCGCUAAAGCAGUCUGAGGACACCCCUCACCAUCUCGCCCCUGUGUCUGUUGUAGAACUCCAUGCAGCCACAGUGUCACCUGCCACAGAUGAGACCACUGUAUAUUCUGCACAGGCAGAUCUCACUGAUGAGAGCCCUGACAGAAAAUUAUCUGCUGGCUCCUUCUCUCACUCUCAGCUGUCAGGCGAUGAGAAGCACUCAGCCAGGGUGACCAGUAGCCCUGGCGAGCACAUCCUGACCCCUGAGAGUUCCCUCACUCAGAGUGCUGAGUCUUUGCCAAGCCCAGCAAUGGAAGACCUUGCCAUGGAGUGGGAAAGCAAAGUUCCAGAAGUGAAAGCCAGGCUCCCAGAGCAGAAGGACAAGGGACCUGAACUAAAGGACGCAGUCCAGCAGCAGAAGGACAAAACUCUAGAGGAGGAGGAUAGUGUCACAGAGCAGAAGGAUCCAGCAACCAAUUGGAAAGAUGAAGCUCUUGAAGAAAAGAGCAAAGUCAUGGAACAGCAGGACAAGGCUUCCGAACAAAAAGGCAGAGAUGUAGAACAAAGAGACGCGGCCCUGGAACCUACAGAGAGAGACUCAGAACAAAGAGACAAGAUGCUGAAACCAGAGGACAGAGUAUUGAGAGAGAAAGAAGAAGCCUUAGGACAAAUCGUCAGAGACUCUGAACCUAAAGACAAAGUUCCAGGGGACAAGGCACCUGAGUAUAAGGGCAAGGCCGUAGAACAGACAGACAAAGGCCCUGAAGAGGACACGUCUCCAGAAAAGAAGGAUGAGGACUUAGGACAAAAAUACUGGGCCUUGGGACAGAAGGAGGAAGCCCUGGAUGAAAAGGAUAAAACUGCUGAAGAGAAAGCUGAGGCUCUGGGAGAGAAGAGCAAAGCCCCGGAGCCGAAGGAUCAAACAGUGAAACCCAAGGAAGACAUCCUAGGGGGAAAAUCUCCAGAAAAAGGGAAGCCCGUGGAGGAGAAAGAAGAUGAUCUGCUGGAGAAAACCCAAGUCCUGGGACUGAAGGAGAGUCUGGGGUUAGGGGUCAAGACCCAGGAACAGGAAGAGACAUGCUGGCAGAAGCAGGACCUGGCCCCCGAGUGGAGGGAGACCACUCUAGCCCGAGGAGAGCCAGUGGGAGAACACAAAGAGCCUGUCCCAACCUGGGAGGGCACCUCUAAGCAGGAGGACAGGUACUGGCAGGGCAGCGAGGAUGUGGCCCUGGAACAGGACAAAUACUGGGGGGAACUGAGCUGUGAGCGGAAGGUCUGGUUCCCUCAUGAGCUGGGGGGCCAGGGAGCCCGGUCACGAUACACAGAGGAGAGGGAGAGCACAUUCCUUGACGAGGGGCCAGAUGAGGAACAAGGAGUGCCCCGCCUGGAGCACAUGCCCCAGAGUCCCUGGGCCUCAGACUUUAAGGGUUUCCAGGAGGCCUCGCCACAGAAGGGUCUGGAGGUAGAGCGCUGGCUUGCCGAGUCACCAGUUGGGCUGCCCCCAGAUGAAGAAGACAAGCUGACUCGCUCCCCUUUUGAGAUCAUCUCUCCUCCUACGUCCCCUCCUGAGAUGGUUGGGCAGAGGGUUCCUCCAGCCCCAGGACAGGAGAGCCCUGUCCCAGAGCCUACGCCUGUGUCACCCAUGAGGAAUGAGCCUGCCACGCCCUCAUGGCUGGCUGACAUCCCACCAUGGGUGCCCAAGGACAGGCCCCUGCCCCCUGCCCCCCUCUCCCCUGCUCCAGCUCCCCCCACACCUGCCCCUGAGCCACACACUCCUGCACCCUUCUCCUGGGGCACAGCCGAGUAUGACAGUGUGGUGGCGGCCGUGCAGGAGGGAGCAGCCGAGUUGGAAGGUGGGCCGUACUCUCCGCUGGGGAAGGACUACCGCAAGGCAGAAGGAGAAAGGGAAGGAGAAGGUGGGCCAGGGGCUCUGGACAGCAGCCCCCACAGCUCCAAGGUCCCAGAGGCCAGCGAGAGCCACAUGGCCAAGGAGCCAGAGCAGGCAGAGCCAGAGGAGAGAGAGCCCACACCGUACCCUGACGAGCGCAGCUUCCAGUAUGCAGACAUCUAUGAGCAGAUGAUGCUCACCGGGCUGGGACCUGCAUGCCCCACGCGGGAGCCACCCCUCGGGGCAGCUGGAGACUGGCCUCCCCACAUUUCAACCAAGGAAGAGGCUGCUGGCCGGAACACCUCUGCGGAAAAGGAGCUUUCGUCUCCUGUCUCGCCCAAGAAUCUCCAGCCUGACACGCCCGCCUUCAGCUACGCGGCCUUGGCGGGACCUGCCCUACCCCCCAGACAAGAGCCCGAGUCUGGCCCAAGUGGGCUGCCCAGUUUCUCCCCACCUGCUGUACCACCUCGGGCUCCCAUCUCCUUGAGCAAAGGCCCCAGCCCCCCUCUGAAUGGUAACAUUCUAAGCUGCAGCCCAGACAGGAGAACCCCAUCCCCUAAGGAGUUGAGCCGAGGGCACUGGGAUGACAGUACUAGUGACUCAGAGCUGGAGAAGGGGGCUCGGGAGCAGCCAGAGAAAGAGGCUCAGUCUCCAAGUCCCCCUCACCCCAACCCUGCAGACCCCUCGAAACUGUGGCCCACAAGUGAGGCCCAGAUGAGCCCUUCCUUGGACUCCCACCUGGGUCCUGCCCGGCCAAGCCUGGAUUUUCCUGCUUCGGCCUUUGGCUUUUCAUCCCUGCAGCCGGCUCCCCCCCAGCUGCCCUCUCCUGCGGAGCCCCGCUCAGCCCCCUGUGGCUCCCUUGCCUUCUCUGGUGAUCGAGCUUUGGCUCUGGCCCCAGGGCCUCCCACCAGAGCCCGGCACGACGAGUACUUAGAAGUUACCAAGGCCCCCAGCCUGGACUCCUCACUGCCCCAGCUCCCAUCCCCCAGCUCUCCUGGGGCCCCUCUUCUCUCCAAUCUGCCAAGACCCGCCUCCCCAGCGCUGUCUGAAGGCUCCUCCUCUGAGGCCACCACACCUGUGAUUUCUAGUGUGGCUGAGCGCUUCCCUCCGGGCCUGGAGGCUGCAGGCCAGAGUUCUGGUGAGCCAGUCCCAGGAAUGGAACCAGCUGCCCACAGCCUCUGGGACUUCACUUCUCUGAGCCCAGCACCCUUAACAUCGCUGGACUUGGCCCCAGCUCCAGCCCCAAGCCAGCCUAAAGACUUGGACGAUGGCACCGUGCCCUCCCACCUGGAGUACUCAGGGGUACCCGCCCAGAAGCCCAGCCCCUUCCAGAGUCCCUCGGGGGAUUGUGCCACCAAUGGCCCAACAGAAACUAGCCUCAACCUCCCAGGUCCUCCUCCAGCCAAGGUGGAGAAAGAAGAGGCUGAGGCCUGUCCUGCCUGGGAUCGAGGGGUUUGGCCCGAGGGAGCUGAGAGGAGCCCCCGGCCCGAGACACUGGCGUCCCCUGAACAGCCAUUAUUCCCUGGAGGGGCCUCUGGAGGCCGGCCCAGAAGUAUCUCCCCCGACAUGGAGGCUGGGCCCCAGGGAUGUGCUGCCGAGCCCAGGUCCCACCGUGGAGAGCUGUCCCCCUCCUUCCUGAACCCGCCUCUGCUCCAGUCCCUGGGGGACAGUGAUCCCUCCACCGAAGAAACUCGGUUGGUAGGGAGAGGGGGAAGGCGCCGGGUAGGGGGGCCAGGCGUCACAGGGGGACCGUGCCCUGUGGCUGAUGAGACCCCUCCAACAUCAGCCAGUGACUCGGGCUCCUCACAGUCUGAUUCUGACGUUCCUCCAGAAACUGAGGAGUGUCCCUCCAUCACGGCUGAGGCAGCCCUCGACUCAGAUGAAGACGGGGACUUCCUACCUGUAGACAAAGCCGGGGGAGUCAGUGGAACUCACCAUCCCAGGCCUGGCCAUGACCCACCCCCUGUCCCUCAGCCAGACCCCCACCCAGCCCCUCCUCGCCCUGAUGUUUGCAUGGCUGACCCUGAGGGGCUCAGCUCAGAAUCUGGAAGGGUAGAGAGGAUCCGGGAGAAGGAGAAGGCACAGGGGAGAGUAGGGCGCAGGCCCCUGGGCAGGGCCAAGCCAGCAUCACCUGCCCGACGUCUGGAUCUUCGGGGAAAGCGCUCACCCACCCCUGGUAAAGGACCUACAGAUCGAGCAUCCCGGGUCACACCCCGAACACGCAGCACUCCAAGCCAGGUCACUGCAGCUGAGGAGAAGGAUGGACACAGCCCAAUGUCCAAAGGCCUCGCCAAUGGACUCAAGGCAGGAUCAAUGGCCCUGGGUUCCAAGGGUGGCUCUGGCCUCCCCGUUUAUGUGGACCUCGCCUAUAUCCCAAAUCACUGCAGUGGCAAGACAGCUGACCACGACUUCUUCCGUCGAGUGCGUGCAUCCUACUAUGUGGUCAGCGGGAAUGACCCUGCCAAUGGUGAGCCAAGCCGGGCUGUGCUGGAUGCCCUGCUUGAGGGCAAGGCCCAGUGGGGAGAGAAUCUUCAGGUGACUCUGAUCCCUACACAUGACACGGAAGUGACUCGUGAGUGGUACCAGCAGACUCACGAGCAGCAGCAACAACUGAACGUCCUCGUCCUGGCGAGCAGCAGCACUGUGGUCAUGCAGGAUGAGUCCUUCCCUGCCUGCAAGAUUGAGUUCUGAAAGAAGCACUCUCCAUCCCCAGGCACCUCUCCCCUGCUCCCUUAGAGAAUGGCUAUUGCAGAGUCCUUUGGGGUCGAGAGAGAUGGGAGCUGGGGGUGGGGCAGGAGAAUGGGAUGUUCUGUUGUGGGGACUUGGGCUGGGCUAAGUGGGAGAGGGUGAUCUUUGCCCCACCCCAUCCAUACCUGAGAAGGUACAAAGUUAAGCUAAGAGGUUACCUGAGACUGGGGUGACCAUCUCUCCUGGGACUGCAAAAUGCUGGUAAUGGGUGGGCAGUGAGGACGGAUCUCAGAGGGCAGCCUUCUGCACAGAGGGAGAGCAGAUCCCCAACCCCAGGGCCUCUUUAUCUGAACCUAUUUAUUUAGCAUCCCAAGGAAGGAUUUCCAAAAGUAAAUUAUGUGACCUGGGGGCAGGAUACUGCUAGCAAGGUGCCCAGAGCUGUGUCCUUUCUUCCAUCUCCCAUCUCCUUAUCCACCAAUGCCUGGGUUCCGGCAGGGACCAGGGGUACAGCGCUGCUACACCAUCUCACUGCUUCCCUACGCAUCUGAAUGUCUCAAUUCAAAACUUGAAGCUCUUUUGAUCAACAGACUGGCGAGAGAAGAAAGGAGCUAAGCCUCCCACCCCUUGCUUCAUACUACUCACAUACAGGGCUGUGCCCGGACCAGGCCUGCUGAGCAGCAUACAAAGGGACAAGGAGAGCCCUGCUCCAAUUCCUGAACUCUUCCACACUCCUGACCCUCUGAAGUUCUCAUCCACCCAUUUCAAUUCUACUGCUCCCUUCUCACCCCCUGCUUGGCUUCUCUGCAUGUGGUCAUCUGCUGUGGCCUGGUGUGUAAUGGGUUAAAAUUAAGCCACUGCCUGACAUCCCAACAUAUGACACCCCAACAAUGUGUAACUCCUCCAACAUUCCACUCUGCCAUCUUGCAGCUGAAAUGGGAACACUGGCUGCCUUUCCAGCCCCAAACUAUUGGAUCUGGAGGUAGAGGCCAUGCCAGAGGACUUGGGGACAAUGAGAGGGAGGAAGAAAAGCGGGAGAAAAAAGCUGAGCUACAGCUGAACUCCUACUAAAUGAGAUGAAAACAGGCUGAAAAUAACCCCCAGAAGAGGACCUCGCCCCAAGCAAGCCCAUGAGCAGCCCUGCCAGAUCACUGCUGGACCGAGAAAUCCAGACACUUGCUCUUGUCAGGGCUUGGCUUCUCUGCCAAAUGACUGUGGAAACCAAAAUGAGCCCACCCUGUGUUCUUCCUCACCCCCACUUUCCCUGUGCUGCUGUGCUCUGCUCCUCCCCACACUUCCCUGCUAUAGUUCCCAGCUGCUGUAACGGAGCCGCCUCCAACUCUAACAAUAAAUCAAGUUCAUUAUAGA